AUGUCUCAAUCAGCUGAAAAUAAGAUUUUUGCAAUGUCUCAAUCAGCUGAAAAUAAGAUUUUUGCAAUGUCUCGACCAUCUGAAACCUCUUCACCACUACACUUGCCACGCAUGAAAACAUGUUGUUGCUGCAUUAAUUUAAAGGCUGGUGUAGUAAUCAUUAGUAUAUUAUGGCUUGUGUUUGGUCUUUAUGAAGCCAUUGCUGACAUCAUGGCAUACAGAAGCACUGAUACAAAUAACUUCUAUUCAUAUAUAUACACAUUUACUCUCAUCACGGGAAUAAUGGCAUUAUUCACUGUAAUUGGGGCACUUUACGGAUUAAUCGUCGUAAGCUUUGCGAAAAUAACGCAAACUUACGUGAUAAUUGCAUGGUUAAUCGCGGCACGUUACAUCAUCAACAGCAUCGCCGAAAUAAUUCUCUUACUUUCACUUAAAGAUUCGUUUCUUUCUUAUUGUGAUCUGGAUGGAUACUCAGAGGACACGUGUCUAUCAACGUAUAAUAACGUACUUUUAAUUGCUAUUAUUGAAGAUAUACUUAUAAUUAUUAUUUCAAUUUAUUUUGCAACUGUAGUUGCAGCAUAUAGAGCUCAUCGAGUAGAAAAAGAUAAAGCUUCGGGACUCGCGGAAGUUCAUUAA